CACAUCUUUUCAUAUGUUUAGGUUAACAUAAGUAGUCAUAUAAUGUUGUAACCUCCAAAGCCUUUUUUAUUAAAAAUCGAAAGGUAUUUUCCAAUGGUAUUUAAUAUUUGAUUAAUAUCCAAUAAGAAAUAUGAGAUUUAUCUUAUUGGAAAUAUAAAAUGAAUUUACUUAUAAUAUCAACUGUAAGUUGUCUUUUAGAAUACAUUUUCCCAUCUUUAAUUAAAUAUAUUACGUCUCGUUUAUAUACAAUAAAUAAGCAUGAUAUGGAAUUACGAAAUGAUUUGAUUAAUUUAAAACAAGAAAUGAUUGGGAUAUCCAUAGUAGAUGAAUUUUCGAAAUAUGCAAAACUUCAGCGUAAAUGUAAUAAAUUAGAAAGUACAUUAAAAGAAAAAGCAAAUGAAAGAUUGUCUUCCAGACUGAAGGUACAAAUAUCUGUAACAUAUGGUUUUCGUAUAUUAAAUGGUUUAUUAAUGUUGAUUUUACUAUAUCUAUAUACAAAUAAACCUGUAAUAAUUUUACCAAAAGGCAUACUAUGGCCUAUACAAAGUUUAUUAAGCUGGCCAUGUUAUCAUGAGGAUUCUAUUUCUUUGAUUAUGUGGUUAAUAAUUGCAAGAUUAGUUGUGGCUACUUGUAAAAAAAAUGGUAUGACAUAAUAUUAACAUAACACAAUAUUAACAAUUUAAAAAAUUAGAUUUUAUAAGUAACAUAAUACAAAUUUUCCAAUAAAUUAUUAUUCUUUAUGUAUAAGCAUUCAUGGCAAAAUUUGAUUUUCAACCUGUCAACAUAUGAAUGAACAAGUUUAAAAAUGUACAUAAAAUUUAUACUUCUUCCUUAAUAUGCUAUGAAAAUAAUUGUAGUGUUUGCUAUAUAUAUUGUAUUUGCUAAAAUAUUUAAAUAAAUGUCAUA